AUGAGGAGCGCGGAGCAGCGCCCGAGCCAGCGCGAGGAGCUGCAGCAGCAGCAGCAGCAGCGACAGCGAGCCAGGGCUCUAUUGUUCCCCGGCGUCAAGCGGCUUCUCCCGCCCCAGUGCCAUGCACAGCAGCGGCAGAGAGCUCUCCGGCCCCUUCCUCCCCGCGAAGAAGCCGUGAAGAGGGGAGGGUCGCUGCGGGAAGGUCCGGCGGCGGCGCCGCGGGGUUUUGGGGCCGGAGGGAUGGGGCUGAGCGCGGGGAGCGCCGCUCGCUGCCCCGCUGCCGGGGAUGCUGCCCUGCCCGCCCGGAGCCUGCGAGCCCCGCUGCCGCUGCCGCUGCUGCUGCUGCUGCUGCUGCUGCUGCUGCCGGCGACCCGGGACGCCCGAGCGCAAAGUGAAUCCCAAACUUCCUCCGUCUAUUUGUGGAAGACGGGUCCGUGGGGGAGAUGCAUGGGCGAUGAGUGCGGCCCGGGAGGCAUCCAGACGCGGGCGGUGUGGUGCGCCCACGCCGAGGGCUGGACCACGCUGCCCACCAACUGCCGGCAGCCCGAGCGGCCGGACAGCCAGCGGGGCUGCUUCCGCGUCUGCGACUGGCACCGCGACCUCUACGGCUGGCAGAUCGCCGGCUGGAGCCCCUGCCGGCCCGUGCUGUCCCGCAGCCACGAGAAGCCCCUGGAGUGCCUCCGCGGGGAGGAGGGCAUCCAGACGCGGGACAUCACCUGCGUGCAGAGAUCCAACGGCGUUGCUGCCGAGGAUGCCAUCUGCGAGUACUUCGAGCCGAAGCCGCGGCAGGAGCAGGCGUGCCUCAUCCCGUGCCGGCAGGACUGCAUCGUGGCCGAGUUCUCGCCCUGGUCCCAGUGCUCCAAGACCUGCGGCAAUGGGCUGCAGCACCGCACCCGGCACGUGGUGGCUCCGCCGCAGUUCGGGGGCUCGGCCUGCCCCAACCUCACCGAGUUCCAGAUGUGCCAGUCCAGCCCCUGCUCGGCUGAGGAAAGCCUGUACAGCCUCAGCGUGGGGCCGUGGAGCGCCUGCUCCCUGCCCCAUUCCCGGCAGACGAGGCAAGCCAGGAAGCGCGGGAAGAGCAAGGACAAGGAGAAGGACAGAGAAAAGGCGGUUCGAGAUCCUGAGGCUCGCGAGUUAAUUAAGAAGAAGAGGAAUCGUAACAGGCAGAAUAGGCAGGAGAACAAAUACUGGGACAUACAAAUUGGGUACCAAACAAGGCAGGUCACGUGUACUCACAGAAAUGGGAAAACUGCUGCUCUGAGCUUCUGCAAUCAGGAAAAGCUGCCCAUCACAUUUCAGUCCUGUGUGAUCACGAAGGAGUGCCAGGUGUCAGAGUGGUCAGAAUGGACCCCCUGCUCCAAAACCUGCUUUGACAUGACAACCCCCAAAGGGAACCGUACGAGGUCACGGAGCAUUAAGCAGCUCCCUGUUGGCAGUGAAAGCGAAUGCCCACAAUUAGAAGAAGCAGAGCAGUGUGUCUCUCAAGGAGAUGGUGUAGCACCCUGCAUUACGUACGGCUGGCGGAGCACGGAGUGGACGGAGUGCCGCGUGGAUCCUCUGCUCAGCCAGCAGGACAAGCGGCGGGGGAACCACACCGCGCUCUGCGGAGGGGGCCUCCAGACCAGGGAGCUGUACUGCGUGCAGGCCAAUGAAAACCUCCUCUCCUACCUAAACACCCUCAAGGAUAAAGAAGCUUCAAGGCCAGUAGACCGUAAACUGUGCACAGGACCCCUUCCCAGCACCUCCCAGCUGUGCCACGUUCCCUGUCCUACAGAGUGCGAGACCUCGGCGUGGUCAGCCUGGGGACCCUGCACCUAUGAAAGCUGUGAUGACCCUCAGGCCAAGAAGGGCUUUAAACUGAGGAAACGUCGCAUCACCAAUGAGCCCACAGGAGGAACAGGGAACUGCCCUCACCUGUUGGAAGCCAUCCCUUGUGAAGAGCCCUCCUGCUAUGACUGGAGAAUCACGGGGCUGGAGGAGUGUGUUCCUGACAAUGAAAGGCCCUGUGGCCCCGGUACCCAGGUUCCCGUUGUCGUCUGCAUCAACAGCGAUGGAGAAGAAGUUGACAGGCAGCUGUGUAGAGACGCCAUCUACCCGAUCCCGGUGGCGUGCGAAGCGCCGUGCCCCAAGGACUGCGUGCUCAGCUCCUGGUCUGCCUGGUCCUCCUGCUCGCACACCUGCUCCGGGAAAACCACGGAGGGGAGGCAGGUGCGCGCCCGCUCCAUCCUGGCCUACGCUGGGGAAGGAGGAGCACAGUGCCCAAACAGCAGUGCCCUGCAGGAAACACGCAGCUGCAACGAGCACUCUUGCACCGUGUACCACUGGCAGACCGGCCCGUGGGGACAGUGCAUAGAGGACACGUCUGUCUCUGCUUUCAACUCCUCUGCCAGCUGGAACGGGGAGGCCACCUGCUCCGUGGGCAUGCAGACAAGAAAGGUCAUCUGUGUCAGAGUCAACGUGGGACAAGUAGGCCCAAAAAAAUGCCCUGAAAGCCUUCGACCUGAAACUGUGAGACCUUGUCUGCUUCCCUGUAGGAAGGACUGUAUUGUGACUCCAUUCAGUGACUGGACAGCAUGUCCUUCUUCAUGUCAAGAAGGGGGUGUCACGGUAAGGAAGCAGUCCCGCCACCGAGUCAUCAUCCAGCUCCCUGCCAAUGGUGGGCGGGAGUGCCCAGACUCUCUCUUUGAGGAAAGGGAAUGUGAAGCUUCUCCUGUCUGUCACAACUUCAGGUGGAAGACACACAAAUGGCGCAGGUGCCAGCUGGUACCGUGGUACGUGCGCCAAGACAGUCCGGGAGCACAGGAGACCUGUGGGCCUGGACUACAAGCAAGAGCAAUUACUUGUCGCAGACAAGACGGAGGACAAGCUGACAUCAGUGAGUGCCUUAAAUACUCUGGCCCAUUACCACCCUUAACACAGACGUGCCAGAUUCCCUGCCAAGAUGACUGUCAGUUCACAAACUGGUCAAAAUUUUCUCCCUGUAAUGGGGACUGUGGAGGAGUCAGGACAAGAAAACGCACUCUCGUUGGAAAAAGUAAGAAAAAGGACAAAUGUAGAAAUUCUCAGUUGUAUCCUCUGAUCGAGAACCAGUUUUGCCCGUGUGACAAGUACAGUGCUCAGCCUGUGGGAAACUGGUCAGACUGUAUUUUGCCAGAGGGGAAGAUGGAAGUGCUGCUGGGAAUGAAGGUCCAGGGAGAUGUUAAGGAGUGUGGGCAGGGCUAUCGCUACCAGGCCAUGGCGUGCUACGACCAAGACAGUCGGCUGGUGGAAACAUCACGAUGCAACAGUCACGGGUACAUUGAGGAAGCCUGUAUUAUUCCAUGUCCCUCAGACUGCAAGCUCAGUGAGUGGUCCAACUGGUCUCGCUGUAGUAAGUCCUGUGGGAGUGGGGUCAAAGUUCGGUCAAAAUGGCUUCGUGAAAAACCCUACAAUGGUGGAAGACCCUGUCCAAAGCUAGAUCACGUCAAUCAGGCACAGGUGUAUGAGGUAGUCCCCUGCCACAGUGACUGCAGCCAGUACAUAUGGGUUACUGAGCCCUGGAGUGUCUGCAAGGUCACCAACGUGGACUUAAAAGAGAAUUGUGGAGAAGGUGUUCAAACAAGGAAAGUCAGGUGCAUGCUGAACACUGUGGAUGGUCCUUCUGACACAGUAGAAGACUACCUGUGUGAUCCUGAAGAGAUGCCACUGGGUGCUAGAAAAUGCACAUUGCCAUGUCCUGAGGACUGUGUCAUGUCUGAAUGGGGAUCGUGGUCUCAGUGUUCUUUGCCAUGCAAUGGAAGUAGUGUCCGUGAAAGGUCAGCUGAAUGCCUAAGACAACCAGAUGAUGGAAAGCCUUGUCCUGCUGCCACCGAGGCAGAAGCCUGCACUUUGAACAAGAACUGCUACCACUAUGACUACAAUGUGACAGACUGGAGCACUUGUCAGCUCAGUGAGAAGGCUGUCUGUGGCAGUGGUAUCAAAACGCGGAUGCUCGAUUGUGUUCGCAGUGAUGGCAAAUCAGUUGACCUGAAAUACUGUGAAGAGCUUGGUUUGGAAAAGACAUGGCAAAUGAAUAUGUCCUGUGUGGUGGAAUGUCCUGUGAACUGUCAGCUCUCUGACUGGUCCACUUGGUCUGAGUGCUCUCAAACAUGUGGCCUUACAGGAAAAAUGAUCAGAAGAAGGACCAUAAAUCAGCCUUUUCAGGGUGAUGGGAGGCCUUGUCCUUCUCAGAUGGAGCAAUUCAAACCCUGUCCAGUAAAACCUUGCUACCGAUGGCAAUAUGGUCAAUGGUCUGCAUGCAAAGUAGAGGAUGCUCAAUGUGGAGAGGGAACACGAGUGAGGAACAUCUCCUGUGUGGUUUAUGAUGGAUCCAUUGAAGAUGUUGGCAAAGUAGUAGAUGAGGAAUUCUGUGCAGAAAUAGAGCCUAUUAUAGAUGGUGAUAAGAAGAUAAUACUUGAGGAAACCUGUACUUUUCCUUGUCCAGGGGACUGUUACUUGAGAGAGUGGUCAGAAUGGAGCCUUUGCCAGCUAACCUGUGUUAAUGGCGAGGAUCUUGGUUUUGGUGGAAUACAAGUCCGAUCUAGAGCAGUGAUCGUUCAGGACUUGGAGAAUCAACAUCUCUGUCCAGAACAGGCUUUGGAAACAAGACCAUGCAAUGAUGGCCAGUGCUAUGAGUACAAGUGGAUGGCCAGCCCAUGGAAGGGAUCCUCUCGGACUGUGUGGUGCCAAAGGUCAGAUGGUUUAAAUGUCACAGGGGGCUGUUUAGUGAUGCGCCAACCAGACGCUGACAGGUCAUGUAACCCACCGUGCAGCCAGCCCCACGCUUACUGCAGUGAGACUAGAACAUGCAGUUGUGAAGAUGGAUUCACUGAAGUUAUGUCCUCUGAUGGCACACUCGAGCAGUGCACUCUCAUCCCGGUGGUGGUGAUCCCCACCAUGGAGGACAAAAAGGGAGAUGUGAAAACCAGUCGAGCUGUGAACCCUACCCAGCCUUCCAGUAACCAGUCAGGACGAGGAAGGACCUGGUUUCUGCAGCCUUUUGGGCCAGAUGGGAGGCUGAAGACCUGGGUUUAUGGUGUAGCUGCUGGUGCAUUUGUUUUACUCAUCUUUAUUGUUUCUAUGAUCUAUCUAGCCUGCAAAAAGCCAAAGAAGCCCCAGAGAAGGCAGAACAACCGACUGAAACCUUUAACUUUGGCUUAUGAUGGAGACGCAGACAUGUAAAAUACAACUUCUCAUGGUGACAAAUGGAGUCUAACCUAAGGAAUGAAAUCAGAAGGUGUCCAAAGCCACAGGGAUUUUCUACUGAGUGGAUUAAGUGUUUUGAAUUUUUCUGUUUUGUAACUGCACCAUAGAUAAAGAAGGAUGAAUUUCAUAAUGCCUACCGAUAUUCAAGGUAUUAUUGCUUUACUUUAGACCAUCAGCACCAAGAAGUCAGGCAGAAUCACCCUAAUAGACACUGCAGUUGGAGAUCUGUGGUGUUUCCUCAGUCUUGGAACUGAGCACCAUAUAUGCCUCCAGAAUACUGUAGCUGACAUACUAUUAACACUUGGAAGCCCCUGCAUCAUUAACCAAGUAUAAUCAGUACGCAUGACAAGUUUGUACCAAGCUGUCUAUGACUCUUUAUACUCAAACAGAACAUAUAUACUCAGUUGAACCAUAUGUAUUAUUCUAUCAGAUUACAUACGUGAAGAAGAGCAUUUUAGUGCUUAGUACAAUAUUAACUUUUAACUGGGAUUAACCCAAUGAGCAAGUUCAACAGUUUGCCAGUUGAUGAUGACUUGUGUUAACCUGCGUUUCAGAGGGCAAUGACUCACUUGAAAAAUUCUGUCCUGUUACCACGCCAAAUUAUAAAGGCCUCAUGCAUACAUCCAGAAAGGAGGCAUUCUCAGAUUCACUAUUUUCUAGUGGUUGGUGUCUGGAAAAAAAUACCUGCUGUAAAUGUUACAAUACCUUUCUACUUUCUCUAACUCAAACUGUUGCCUGCAUCUUUUUUGCUACGUGUAAGGCAAAUUUUUGCACUAUAUUAGUGCAGCAUGAUAUGCACUUAACUAGUAUUGCCAUAGAAACUGCCUCUUUUCAGAAAGGAUAAUGAUGUAUCUUGUGCAAGGAGUGUCAAGUAGACAGGUCUUGAAUCCUGAAGAGAGUAGUGUUCAGUUUGGACUGUGACGGGAUGGAACAAGCUACGACGUUUGCUGUACACGCGCCGUUCCUCAUCACAGCAGCCAUUUGUGCUCUACACCAUGGCAGUAAUACAAGUGUCUAGUUUCCUGCCCCAUCUACCUAUACUGGUAUAGAUUGUCCUGCUGGUUUCUAAUUGUACUUUGAAGGCUGUUUAUGACUAGAUUUUUUAUAUUUGUUAACUUUGUUAGAAAAACAAGAAAAGAAAAAGAAAAGUGGUUGCCCUGUAAUCCUGAGUGACAUACUUCCUGUCUAAAAAGGUGUUCUGAUUGUUCAACUAAAAUAAACUGGCUUUACUUCUCUUUCCUUCUGUUAAUGAGAGAUUUUUCACUGUUACUGGCAGUGCAAUACUCAGAGACAUUUUGUCUUUUCUAAUGAUGAUAAUUCAGUAGACUAUUUUAAUUAUUCAGUUAAACACCUGAGUGUACUGGCAAGUAAACAGUAAGAUCAAUAGUUCUGCCAUUUUAGCACUCAUGACUUUUUUAAAAACUCUGGCAGUAUGAAAACUCAUUGUUAACCUCUUCAUGCUUAUGGCUUUUCAGUGUUAGGCUUCCAACAUGAAGCUCAUUGACUUGCCACUCAUGUGACAUGGCUGUUAUGGAUGUGAUCCAUGACCUGAGAAGGGUUAUUCUCCUCAAAUGGCUUCUGUGUGCAGCCAGAACAUACGAGUGACUGUGCCACUACUAAGCAAUACAAAGCUUUAUCAGGCAACCUCUCAAAAAUAAUUGUUACAUAAAUUUCAGUAUUAGGUUCUCAGGUCUUUUAUAUAACCUAAACCACUUCUGCCUACUCAUCACUCUAUUUACUCAAGAAGCACCAGGUUUUGCACACUGAAUGAAAGUAGCUUUGCAAACUUUGGCCCAGAUCCACUGAAAUCAAUUACAAGACUCUCAUGGGCAUCAAUGGGUAAUAUCAGUUCUUUAAAAUACACAUCUUUGUUCUAUGUAACAUAAUUCUUGAAACCAAUGAGCGUUUUCUGGAUAUUCAGGAGAGAUUAUGGUCCUGCUUUAACUUAGCUGCCAUAUUACCAGUGUGGUGUUACUGCAUCAAGAAAAUUACCUUCAUCCCACUGUUACAGGUAUUCCCCAAAUGGGAAUGAUGAGCAGAGGAACAAUGGUAACAAUCUUUGGUGCAGGUUUAAUUUCUCAUUUUAUACCUUGAUCCAGCUGCAGCUGAUGAAGAUUCAUGGCCCCUGCCACAGCAGUGGUUCAUUUAUAUACGUGUUUCAGGGCUGGAGUAUUCAGUCUUACAUCACCUUGUAAAGAUCCAUUGCAAAAAUACAAAUCUUGAUAAUUUUAAUUUCCAGCACUCUUGAGUAGAAAACAAGAAAAACUUGGUU